CCCAGUCGACUCAACAGGAUCUUGUGUUGGACAGGAGGUUUCGCUUUGACGACUGAUGCUCAAUCCUCGGGUGAUUUUACAUUAGAUUUGGGAAUUAUUUCUGAGUGAGGACCGCCACCAUGUCGGUGACUGUUCAUGAGAAUCGGAAAUCCCGCACCAGCACGGGAUCCAUGAACAUUUCCCUGUUCCACAAGCCUUCGCACCCUGACCUUGUCUUGACUCAUCUAAACACAAUGAGGAAACAGUGCAUGUUCACAGAUAUCACACUGUGGGCUCGGGACCGGUCCUUCCAAUGUCACAGGGCAGUAUUGGCUGCUUGUAGCCGUUACUUUGAAGCCAUGUUCAGUGGAGGGCUACGAGAAAGUAUGGACAGUGAAGUCAAUUUCAGAGACAGUAUACACCCCGAGGUCUUGGAGCUUCUGCUGGAUUUCGCCUAUUCUUCUCGAGUCAUUAUAAAUGAAGAGAAUGCUGAAUCAUUGUUGGAAGCAGGAGACAUGUUGCAGUUUCAUGACAUCCGGGAUGCCGCAGCAGAAUUUUUAGAAAAAAACCUUCAUUCAUCCAACUGUUUGGGGAUGAUGCUAUUAUCAGAUGCCCAUCAGUGUAAAAGAUUGUACGAGCUGUCAUGGAGGAUGUGCCUACUACACUAUGAAACGAUACGAGAAUCUGAGGACUUCUAUAGUUUGACUAAAGAAAAGUUGCUGGAGCUUGUACUUAGUGAUGAGCUGGAGAUAGAAGAUGAACAGGUUGUGUUUAACUCUGUGAUGCGAUGGGUUCAAAAUGACUUGGAUAGUCGGCGUCACCAUUUACCGGAGCUGCUUGGGGCCAUAAGGUUGGCUCUUCUUCCCUCUGAAUGUCUCUUGGAGGCUGUUGCAUGUGAAGAGCUAAUAAUGGCUGACAAGAGGAGCAGGUUAAUUGUAGACGAGGCAAUGCAGUGUAAAAAAAGAAUUCUUCAAAAUGAUGGAAUUGUGACGAGUCCCUGUGCUCGACCACGUAAGGCAGGGCACACACUGCUUAUAUUGGGAGGCCAAACUUUUAUGUGUGACAAGAUAUAUCAGGUUGACCAUAAAGCCAAGGAGAUCAUUCCAAAGGCAGACCUUCCCAGCCCAAGAAAAGAAUUCAGUGCAUGUGCCAUUGGCUGUAAGGUUUAUGUGACUGGAGGAAGAGGGUCUGAAAAUGGAGUGUCAAAAGACGUCUGGAUCUAUGACACAGUUCAUGAAGAAUGGGCGAAAGGAGCACCCAUGCUUAUAGCAAGAUUUGGUCAUGGUUCAGCUGAGUUGGAGAACAGCCUGUAUGUGGUUGGUGGUCAUACAGCCAUUGCCUUUGUUUUUCCUGCCUCGCCAUCCGUCUCUCUAAAACAAGUUGAGCGGUAUGACCCUGUCAGUAACAAGUGGACUAUGAUGGCUCCCUUAAGAGAUGGUGUCAGUAAUGCAGCAGUGGUCAGUGCCAAAUUAAAACUGUUCGUUUUUGGUGGCACCAGCAUACACAGAGAAAAAGCCUCUAAGGUCCAAUGCUAUGACCCUGUUGUGAACCGCUGGAACAUUGCAGCUGAAUGCCCGCAACCUUGGCGCUACACAGCAGCUGCAGUCUUGGGGAGUCAGAUCUUCAUCAUGGGUGGUGACACAGAAUUCACAGCAGCCUCUGCUUAUCGGUUUGACUGUGAAACGAAUCAGUGGAGUCGUGUGGGUGACAUGACAUCGAAACGGAUGAGUUGCCAUGCCGUGGCCUCAGGAAAUAAACUGUAUGUGGUUGGAGGUUACUUUGGGACACAGAGGUGUAAAACAUUGGAUUGUUAUGAUCCAACAUCUGACAGCUGGAACUCCAUCACCACUGUGCCUUAUUCACUGAUCCCUACCGCCUUUGUCAGCACGUGGAAACACCUACCUGCCUAAGUGGAAUACAGUAUGAGGUAAAUUCUGAAUGAUUGGUCAAAGUGGUUUUGGUAGUAUGGUGCAGUUUCACAGUUUAAAUGUUUUUCUAAGGAGACACAGUCCAGACAACCCAUCUUUGGGUCACCACUGGAAUCACUGAAAUCGAUGUCAAUACCGAUCUUUUGACCCAUCCUAUUAAUUGAUGAAAGGAUAAUCUCGCCAAGUAAAAAGCCAUCAGUAGUAGCAAUUUUGAAAGCAACAUGACAUCUGUUGUGCUCAACAGGUUCCAGCUUACAGUCAGUGUAGGAGGUAACAGUUGUCUUUUUUGGCGCAAAAUGUUAAGCCUGUCUUGCAGCUGCAACGUGUCAUGCUCUUUCCUCCUCUGUCCUGUCAAAAAUACUGAAUCAUUCCACUUGCUGCUGAUGCUGUGGCAAGCGUGAGUUAAUUACUUUCCUUCUACUCCUCCUGAGGAGUUAAGUUGUCUGGGCUGUAUGCCCCUGGCAAUGUUACCCAGGGUAAACAGGUCAUAGGUGAGGGAACAGACAAAGCACAGAUCAGAAACCCCUAUGAUGUACAAAAUAAUUUAAAUACAGCGGCUGAAAUAAGUAACACGUCACCAAUUUUUCUCACUAAAUAUACUUCCGAAGGUGCUAUUGAACUGGAAAUUUCACCAGAUGUUGGGAACAACCCAAGUAAUCCAUACAUACAAAGAAAGUAAGAAAAAAUAAGCUCAGAAAUUAAGUUGUGUGUAAAAUGACACAGGGAAAAAGUAUUGAACAAAUGAAGAAAGUGAGGUGCAAAAAGGCAUGGAAAGCCAAGACAACACCUAAAAUCUAGAAGAAGAAGAAUCACCUUUAUUGUCAUGAACAUGCAUGCAUACACAAAAACAUUUCUCUGCAUUUUACCCAUCACAGUGAACACACACACUUGUUAGUGGAACACACUGGAGCACGGGGCAGGUGAAGCGCAGGGGCAGUUCGGGGUAUCGGUGUCUUGCUCAAGGACACCACAGCCAUGAGUCCGAGAGAUGUUGGCGGAUUGUCCGGUCGGUGUCUUGAAACUAGGUGGCGAUGAUCUUAACCAUUGGGCCAGGGCUGCCUAUCAAUCAUCAAUCUAUCUAUCAUCUAUCUAUCAAUAAUCAAACAGCAACCCAGCCCCUUGUCAGUGCAAAUGAAUAUCAGCUGUCUAAAGACCAUCGCAAACAAUCCAUCCAUCCAUUUUCUUUUACCGCUUAUCCUCAACUAAUUGUUGCAAAACAUAACGAUAGCAUUGGUUACAGGCGCAUAUCUAAGCUUCUGAACGUUCCAGUGAGCACGGCUGGGGCAACAAUACGUAAGCGGAAAGCCAAUCAUACCACCAUAAAUUUGCUUCGAUCAGGUGCUCCUCGCAUGAUUUCUCACAGAGAAGUAGAAAGAAGAAUCAGAAGAGUUUUCCAAGACCAAAGGACCACCCGUGGAGAGCUUCAAAAAGCCCUGGAAUUAGCAGGUACUGUUGUCACAAGGAAAACAGUGAGUAAUGUACUCUGCCGCCAUGGCCUGUAUGCACGCUCACCACGCAAGGCCCCAUUGCUGGAAAAAAAAAGCAUGUCAAACCUCGUUUAUAGUUUGCUGAACAACCUUUGGAGUGGCAAAGUUAAAUACUGGGAAAAAAAUAGUCUGGUCGGAUGACAGGAAAAUUUAACUCUUUGGAUGCCAUAAUGCAUGCAAUGCAAAGAACUGAAACUCAAGGUCCAUAAAAGAAGCCCACGGAACCUUCAAAAUUUGAAGACUGCUUGUGUGGAGGAAUGGGCCAAAAUCACAGCAGAGCAAUGCAUGCGACUAGUUUCUGCAUACAGGUGGCAUCUUGAACCUGUCGUUGCAAACAAUGGCUUUUGUACAAAGUAUUAAAUAAAUACCAAUUGGCGUGUUCACUACUUUUUCCCUGUGUCAUUUCACAUUAUGACACAUAACUUAAUUUCUGAUCUUAUAAUUUCUGAUCUUAUUUGUUCUACUUUCUUUGUAUGUAUGGAUUACUUGGGUUGUUCCCAACAUCUGGUGAAAUUUUCAGGUCAAUAGCACCUUUGGAAAUAUAUUUAAUGAAAAAAAUUAUGUCGUGUUAAAUAGUUAUUUUAGCCGCUGUAUGUUUUCCCUCGUCUGGAUUUGGGUCACCGGGGCCCUCUUCUAAGAGCCAGGUAUGGAGGUGGGGCAUUUGAGUGAGUGCCUGGUAACCGGGCCUGCACCCAUUUGGCCCGGCCAGUCACAGCUCGAAGAGGUAACGUGGGCCCCGCUUCCCAUGGGCUCACCACAUGUGAAAGGGGCCAAAGGGGUCGGGUGCAGAAAGAGCUGGGCGGGGACUUUGGUGGUUUGAACUCCUGCUACAGAAGCUGGCUAGGGACGUGGAAUGUCACCUCUCUGGCAGGGUAGACGCCUGAGCUAAGGUAUGUGGGUGAGAAUUUCCAACUGUAUAUAGUGGGUCUCACCUUGAUACACAGCUUAAGCUCUCGUACCAGUUAUUUUUUUAAUUUAUUUUAUCACCUGUCCUGUUCAGCUGCAUGGCCAUGCAGAAUAGUGGAUCUGUAUGCCUUUUGUGCUGGAACAGUUUUGCUGUGUAACCGGGGAGUUUGAAAUACUCCUGCUUAUUUUUUAAUUUUGCAAUUAUUCUGAUGUUUAUUGAAAAUGCAGCCAGACAGAAAAGGGUUUUAGGGGACAGACUGAGGGAUAGAAUGGACAAGGGGAAUAGGGCUGCGAACCACAGCAGAGCAAUAAUUAGACAGUCUAAAUAUUUGAGCACAAAUAACGUUACAACAGUCAAAUCGUGUUCCUAUUUGUGGCGGGGGACACCCGGUGAGGACAUGCAACAACUAACCAAUAGGACAAGGUGAGAGAAGAGAGAAAAGGGCAGGACAGGACAGGAUGUGGGAAAUGAGCAAGGCAGUGCAACGGAUGAGUGGUGCGGUAGGAUUCUUUUAUAUAGUCUAAACACCUGUAAGAACCUGUGAGUUGAUAUAUUAAUAAAACCUGUGUUAUUGUUA